AUGGUGUCGAUAUGGAAUCAGCUGAUUAAGAAUGAGAUCCACUUAGAAAAUAGUGACAAAAUUAAGAUCUUUUCAUUCAAGAUCAAGGGAUCAAAACAGGAGUUUAAUGUGACAGUGGAUUAUUGGAUCACUGAUCUGCCAAAGAAGUCUAAUUUUUUAAUUAAGUCAGUGUGGACCGGCCAGAGGAACCCCCCUUUAGUUUUACAGCUGAACGGACAGAUAGAAGACGUGAAAAAAGAAGUUCUGUUCUAUCAGAAGCGUGGACUUAUACAUUUCAGGCAUCCAUUUAAGCUUCCUGUCCCACAGAGUAUCCUUCUUCAGGAGACCUUCACAGUGGAUAAAAGAAAAAAACAUUACAUACUGGAAACCAAGCUGGUUCUUGACCAGACUGAUGAAUGCAUACAGACCAUUGUGCUUGGGUACCAAAGUGACAAUCCUUAUAUCUGUGCUAGUCUAAAACAUCCUUUCAAGCAAUCCCUUGUAUCCAGCAACAUCGAAGGCUGUGCCUCAACACGAAGAUACAACUCUGGCAAGCAUGAAGUUGAAGCUGUGAUUAAAGUUAACAGAAAAGAUAUCUUUGGUCUCACAGGAAAGUUUGAGAACAAAUCCACCAAGAAAGAAUUGCUGCAAGCUGUUCAAAUUGAUAUGACACAUGCUUUACAGCUAAGAUUUCCACGCAGUCUGAGGUUUGAUGGAGAGGUUUUCUCAAGGGAAAAUAAGCAAGAUGGGUUUAAUCAUGGACUACAGGGAAAAGUCAGAAUCAAUGGCAACAAUACGUUACAGCUACAUGUUCAGUUCAACAAGUCGCUCAAUCAGGUGGGGUUUUACUCUCAUCUGUCCCAUCCUUACCAGUGGAGACUUCCCCAGAGUCUACAGAUCCAAGCAUUAGGAAAGAGAUAUGGUGGAAGCGGUACAAAUGGAAGCCUUAUUCUCCACUGUGAUGGUAAAGACGUGAUAUUAAUUGAAGCUGAUUUAAACCACGAAAGCCGAAAGAACAUAAGAAUAUUUGAUGUAAGCGUGUUCAUGCAACAAGCUCUAACAGCUGAACUUCAGACUGCGGGCCUUAAAAUUAUUGGCAAAGUCCUACCAUCAAGAUUGUCUUUAACAUCUAGGAUUCAUUUCAAUGAGAAAUCUUUGUUAAUUGACUUAUCGGGAUUGAAAGAGCAGAAAGCAGGUCUUGUGUUGUCCUUUGCUGGGAAUCUGAUGCACACCUUUGAAGGUUUGGCUUCUGUCCCACAGCAGCUUUCAAUUGAUGGAGCUUUGAAGAAAAAAAAGAACAUUAAUGAAGGUUACAUCAUCUUUGCAAAGAAUAAGAAUUUCUAUCAGAUCAAUAUCCGAAAUAGAAAUAUUUUUAGCAAUGGCAGCCUUCAUAAUAUUAGUAUGAGUUUCAUCCAAAAUGGAAGCCGUGUACUGCCUGCAGAAACCAAGCUCAGAGCAAAUGUUCACCUUGAGGAACUACAUAAGCAUGGACAGGUCUGCAUCCAAAUUGAUGCAAAACUCCUAUGUGUGGACCUGGUGAACACAGCUGACCAAGAGCACCGUGUUAAAGGAAUACUGUCACACAACAUAGUUUCAUUGCAGAAUGCAGGAAUUCCAGCAGGGACUGCUCUUGAACUGACUUAUAACAACACAAGUAACAACAAGACUUGUGGUCUGGUACUGGGCACUGGACCGAGUAGAAUUGAUGUGUCCCUUGGAAUAGAGAAAUCCCCAGUGCACACCCAGCUUGGAAUGAGCUUCAAGCACAAUGUUGAAAAGCUUAAACAUUAUAAAAUCCCUUACGCUUUGAAUGGUGUCUGCCAUUAUCAUAGCACAAACAAAAAACUCUUUACAGGAGUUAACAUUUCCAUUGAAGGUGAACACAUCAACAUCGACGUUCAGAAGAAAAGUGCAGGAAGCUCGUCUGAUAUCAGCCUCGUUCUCCAUAACCACCUCAGUUCCAUAAUUGACUUCAUACCAUCAAGCAUAAAGACCAUUUGCAAUGGCGAAUUCACCCCUACGUUAUUUUAUGGACAUUGUCAUGGUGAACUAACACGGAAAAUUAUUGAGAUUUCAGGUCCUGUGAAAGCUACAUUCAAUGGGUCACUUUUAACCACUGGCUACAAGACCAACCUAUUUGGACAAGCCUCCUCAGGUGACACAUUUGCCCGCCUAAAUAUGAACACUGAAUGGGGCCUGCACAACUCUAUUGAGAUAGGUUUUAAACAUGCCUUACCUCAACUGCAAAGCCUUGGAAUAGCCAAGGACAGCAAGAUGAGGAUUGUGGCCAUCAGACAGGGCAAAAAUGCCGCCUUGCUCGACGUGACGGUUGGAAAAUGUGUCUUCAAAGCCAGUGGUGAAGUACGAGCUGAUAACAAUGGAAGUGGGGCGUCAAAUCUAAACUGGACCAGCUCAAUACUAAACUCGUGCAGCCUUCUUGAGAAAUUAAAUUUACCAAAGAACUUGACAAUGAAUGGCUCAUUGCAGAGAACUCAUUGUGAUUUUGGCCUCUCUGUAAGGGUCGACUAUGAAGGAAAGUAUGUCAAACUGCAGUUCAAAACCCUAUGUGACCCUUACACCAUACAGGGUACAGUGAACCAUUCUGUGCCGUACCUAACCACCCUGGGAUUGCCACGUGCAAACCAUAUCAAGCUUUCUGCAUUGGCGGGAUCCUCUGUUGGUGGCUCGGUCUUCUUUCAUUCUGGGACCUGCAGAAUUAAUGCAAAAGCGGAUAUUAAAUCUAAUAAUAAAACGGAAUGGAUAUUACAGACAGAAAACGAUUGCAAAGUGUUGAAGGAUCUCAAUAUCCCGUCCCAGACUCGGAUUAAUGGCUCUGCUGUUAUUAAUGGUUGUGAAGCGGAGAUGCUCUGCGCCCUUACAUUAGAUGACAACACAUCUGUGCUUCAAAUGAGGACCGAGUGCCAGCCAAAACUAAAAGUGGAAUUUAUACUCCGACAUAACCUGGCCGUGCUGAAAGAAAUCAGUGAGGAAAGCAAGCUGUCAAUCGCUGUUGGCAAACAGGCGAACUACAACAUUGACAUCCUACUGAAGUCUGGAACCUGUGCCAUCGAAGUAAAAGGAGAUGUUAAUGCUGACAAUAAAUUGCAAUGGAAGAUGGUUGCAGAGAACAAGUGCAAAGCUAUCCAGGACCUUGGAGCACCCAUAAAAGUAGAAGGUUCUGGCUACAUAGUAAUAAACAAGAAAGCAAAUCUGGACUCACAAAUGUUAGUGGUGGUUGAUGAAAGCACCCUGCAGGGAUUACUGAUCCUAAAAGCAACAGAGAAAAAACAAGAGCUAGAUGCAAUUCUCACCCAUAACGUCCAACCUGCAAUAACUCUUGGUAUACCCACAAGGACCAUGGUAGAUGUGACAACAGAAAGAAGCAGUGGACUAUAUAAAAGGUCAAUUCACCUUAGCUGGGACAAUAAACAGGUCAGUGAAGAAGUGAACUUUCUUCAGAAGGAUGAACACGUCACUUUCAGUUACAAGAUAACACAUAAUCUCGAAACCCUAAAAAGGUUCCUGCUUGAAGAUAAAGUGGAAGUUCGGGCUGAUAUCGAACUCAAAGAAAAUAGAAAUAUGACCCUGGCCACUUACUAUGGAGCCCACUUCAUAAAUACCACAGUGCGAAUAAAGAGCAAUGAGACCAGCUGUAACCUGACCGCAAGCGUCCAGCACAACUGGCCUUGGUUACUGCGCAAUGGAAUUUCUGCUUCAGUACAGAGUUCGCUGGACAUACAAGCAAUGGAUGGCAAGCAGGAGGUGUCUGUGGAGGCCACAACAACACAGAAGGCCUUUAUGUGCUCUGUGUCCUCUCUGUCUGCAGCAAGAAACCACAAGAUCCUCUUCAAAAGUGCCCACAACAUUGACUGCUUUCUGAAAUAUGGAUAUCCUAAAGUCAUCCAUGUGAUGGGAAUAUUGGCAAAAGAAGGAGAUAAAGUAAACGGUACCUUGGAUGUGGAAUCUGACAAGAAAAAGUUAAGGGUUGAUUUAAAAUCCUUUAUAGAUUUUCACCAUAACUUCGGCAUUGCUGCAGGAGUGAAGCAUUCAGCGCCUACGCUGGUCGCCUGGUCAAUACCGAACUCAAUGCAGGUGCUGUUGCAAGCAGUUUUAACAAAUGCAGAUAUUGGUGGAGCUUUGAUAUUUAACUGCGAUAAGGGCAGCAAUGUUUCCUUCACCGCCAAUGUCAGAUCCCAGCAGCAGAGUGAGGAACUAAUUGUGAAAGCAACGCACAGUGUACCAGCCCUGCAACCCUAUAUUCCGAGCCCCAGCACCUUCAUCACAGGGGUCACCUACACCACAAAUGAAGCAGAAGGAAGGGUACAUGUCAAGAUGGAAGAAAAAGAAUUGAAUUUCUCAUCAAAGCUCCAUUUUACAGAAAACGCUUGUUUAAACGUUGUACAACUGAAGCAUUCUAUACUACAGUUGAAGAAUCUUCCAGCAUUAAUAGAAAUGAGAACACAAUAUGAAAAGAGACAUAAAACAGUUGCUCUCGAACAUAAAACCAUGUGGGGCAGAAAAGAGUUGAAUUUGGCGGCAUCGUACAAUGGACUGUUUCCAAAGUUAUCUGGAGGACAUGAGAUGACAGGUGAAUUUUCCCAGUCUCUUUUCCUGGCUGCUCUUCGACAGGCCAAUGUUAGUAUCGGUAUAGAGCACUCAGAUAACAGCCAUCAAGAUCAUAUUGUCCUUGGCUGGAACACUAAAAACCAGGUCAACCUCUCCUCCUCCCUGAAGAUCGGGAAGGAACGCCUGUACUACAGAGCCAGCUUCUCUCAUCCUUUCAAUUUUGCUAUAAAAGAGAUGGAACUGAGUUCUUUAUCAGAAUGGAAAAAUGACCUGUAUAAUCAAAAGACACAUCUCACUUGGAAUAAAGGCCUUCCAGUCAAUAUCUCAGUCAUCUUAGAGGACAAGGUUUCUAAUCUGUCUAGUGUAUGGAACGCCUGUGUGGACAUUUUACCAGGUCAGAUGCAGCACGUCUUGAUCACGAGAAACCUUCACGUAUGUGGAUAUUUGGAGACUACAUCAAACACAAUUACCGAAAAUGUGAACUUAAAGUGGAAUAACAAAAAAAUUGUACAAAAUCUACUGUACAAGAAUGAUAACAAAUUGGGUCCUGACAGUAUCCAGCUAGAAGCCACAUUUGAAAACCUCUUUAUAACCGGCUGUAGCCAACAACAUAUUUUGACUAAAAUAGACACGAAUUACAUGGACACCAUGAACCACUUCCUGAAGCUGGAACUUUGUGAUCUUUCACAUCCGAUUGUUUUGUCUGGAAGUCAUCGUCUCGGCAAAGAAGAACUUUUACAAUCAAAAAUUCAGCUAAGUGUCUCUCCAGAUGAGAAGAGUGACACAAUAUUGGCUUUGGCCUUGGAUCAUUAUGGAGAAAGACAAACACAGAAUUAUUCACUAAACUUACAGCUGGAAGCAUCAGCUGCUGUUUGGCUUGGUUUCAAUGGAAAAUAUAUGUCAUCUCCUGGCAUCCGGCAACUGUUGCUAGAGGGGAUAAUUCAUGACAAUGAAAAAUGGACCAUAAGUGCUUCCAGUGAACAGAGGUGUUCUCAGCUGAAAUUUGGUCAGCAUGUACCAGGAAGUUCUGAGGAAAAGGGGAUUGCGCUGAGAGCUUGCAUGGAUUCCAAGCAUUCAGCCACGGUGGAUACUUAUGUGAAUAUUAACAGAACACUAGAAGGAUUAGGACAUUUUGUCCUUUCUACAGUAAACCAGAGUCUAAGUUUAUCUUACCAAGGAUGUGGAGAGAAUAUUGCCAAAGCCGAGAACAUACUGGGAAGCCUUGCAUCUAGUUUAAAAGUAAGACUUGCGGAAAUGAAUAAAAAGGUUGAAAUACACAUUGCCGGAAUCCAGAAAACGAUGCAAAAAUAUCCCUUUCUCCAUGAAGCAGCUGGGUGGCCUCUGGCAGUGUCCCAGGAGGUUGCGGAAAUCCUGCAGUAUGGACCAAAAGCAUUUCACCAGAUGUGGAAGCAGAGCAGUCUAAGACAAAUGCUGCGACACGACCUUCCUUUAUACCUAGAAAAACUCAACAGCUUGGUUCAGCAAAUGCAAACUGAACUGCAAAAGCCCCUUUCUACGUUAAAAGAUGCCUAUUACGACGCCACCUUAAAACCACUGGAUGACGUUUGGAAGGAAAAGACGGAAACUAGCCUUCACCUGAUUAAUGCCUAUCUCCCAAGUAUUGUUAAGGACGAAUGGUUAAUGGAACCUAUUAGACACAUUUUACAUGGCAUAAAGGCUGGUGUAGAUUUGGGCAUCCAUCAGAUACUGAAGUGGACAGAGAACAAGCUCUCCAGGGCAGUAAGCAGGAUUCGGAAACCUCUGACAGGACUGUUUCAUUACUCCAGUAACUGCUCUGUCACGCUGAGUUUCCCUGUGCUUCCAAUGGAAUACCACUUAACAGACCUUGCAAAUGUCACACACUACAUCAUUGAGGAGAAGUUAAUGAAACCACUAAGAGAGCUGUACAGUGUGAACCCUGUAGCAGAGCUUUACCGAUUUAAGCGAAGGAUGAUGGAGAGCCCAUUCGAGUAUCACGCAGUUUUGAUUGGAAACAAGCACAUUCGUGACCUAUGAUGGAAAUAUUAUUGACUUGUCUUCAAAAUGUAGCCUUUUGUUGGCUAAGGAUUUUGUCCACAAUACAUUCACCAUAGUACUAAACCAAGGUACUGGUGGGCAGAGAUCAUUACACAUAGACAUGAAU